AUGCCGGAUAGGGAAGCAAGAGGAGGUGGAGGAAGUGGAUCACCCAGAGACAAGAGGAAGCUGAGGAAGAGAGGCAGCCGGCUGACGAUUCAACCACUCUUUACCAUCACUGAGGAAGAGGAGGUACAGAGACGGAGGGAGGCUGGCAGGAAAAAGAAACGAGCAUCUUACUCCCAGUAUAGGUCUGAGGAUGGUCGAGGAUCUUCAGCCUCUGGGCAGACCUACUCCCCCGCUGGGACACCUAUACCCCCUCCCAUUCCUAAUCGGACCACCAGCAAAAACACAAGUAAUUAUGCUGCUACCAAAACAGACUCGUUGCUCUUUAACAAGAUUGAUGAGAGACAGAGGCUGGCCCGUGAGCGCAGGGAGGAGCAGGAAAAACAGAACGCUGCCAAGGAAGCCCAGUGGCAGGCGCGCGAGGAGAGAGCGAGGCAGCACUAUGAGAAACAGUUGGAGGAGAGGAAGAAAAAACUGGAAGAGCAGCGGAUAAAAGAGGAGAAAAGAAGGGCCGCUGUGGAGGAGAAGCGAAGGCAAAAGCAAGAGGAGGACCGGGUGCGUCAUGAGGCAGUGAUACGCCGCACGCUGGAGCGGAGCCAGAAAACCAGGCCAAAGCAAAACCGCUGGUCCUGGGGAGGAGCACUGCACACCAACACUCCAAGCAUACCAACUGGUUUUGUGGAGUCUGCUUUCCUCUGUCCACUCGACCUUGCUGGACUGGAGCACAUGCAAAGUGCUUUCAGUUUCUACCGCAGAUACGGAUUGACGUCCCACUAUGCUGACAGAAGGUCGGUGUCCACCGUGAAUUUAUCCAAACACACAGAUAACAUCAUUACCAAGCGCCUCUCCUCCUCGUCUGCCACACUGCUGCACUCACCAGACAGAGGCUUACAGAUGAGAACAGCUUCCACCCCUGUAAUAAGCAAAGCUCAGUCCAAACCCCGCCUACAUCAGGGGAAGAAUGCACACAAAAACACAGGACUCCGCCGGCUCCCGCUGACGCCAUGGGAGAGCAGCAUGGUGAACCGUCUACAGCAGCCAACGCACUCAUACCUGGCCCGGAGUCGUAGUGCCAUGAGCUUGUCUGGAGAACAGUCAGCCAUGCCUGUGUGUCCUCGCUCAGUUUCCUGCCACCCCAUGGGCGCCAUGUCAUUCAAGACCCUGCAGGCCCAAGUGCUCCCUCACUGUCGCAGCCAGGACAGGAACCUGAGCAGAGAGAAAACGUUGCCGGCCUCCUCCACCGCUCGUAGGAGGACCACAGGAACUAUGCAGCAUAAGGAGCGUGACGGCAUCAGGAAGUCUUGGAGCAACCUGUCCCUUCCAUUGGCUCCUGUUCUGACGUUACCUCCCAAUAAGUCCACCAUUUCUUCAGGCAAAAAGUCCAACAAAGCAACACCACCCUCUGCUGGCAGACCUCCACAAAAGACACUGGGACGUCCCCCAACUCCCAAGCUACUUAAAUCUCCAGUUUCAGAUGAUCCCGGAAACCUUCGUCCUGUCAGGAUCACACCUGAGCACUCUCAACCCUCAACGCCAACAGCAGCUCCAAAGGAAGAAGAGGAAGAAGCGAAGAUUUUCAGUCCUCCCCAACCCAGACCUCAGCCACUGGGAGAGAACACCCCGAGUGAGGCACCAGCUGAAGUCAACGAGACUAUAAGCAGUCCUCCAACUCAGAAACCGUCAGCUGGUACCACAGAUCCAGAGGAGGCCAGUCGGAUCCUAGCCGAAAAACGGCGACUGGCCCGGGAGCAGAGGGAGAGAGAGGAGGAGGAACGGAGGCAACAAGAGGAGCAGGCGAGAUUAGCAAAGGAGGAGAUGGCUCGUCGUAAAGCGGAAGAGCGAGCAAAGAGAGAAGAGGAGGCCCAGCGUCUGGCAGAGGAGAGGAGAAGGCAUGAGGAGGAGGAGAGAAAGGCUGAGGAAGAGAGACUUCAGAGGGAGAGAGAAGAAGCAGAGAGACUUCAGAAACAGAAAGAGGAGGAGGAGUCUCGAUUGAGGGAGGAGGCAGAGCGACUGAGGCAGGAGAGGGAGAAGCACUUUCAGAAGGAAGAAGCAGAACGAUUGGAGAGAAAAAAGCGUCUUGAGGAGAUCAUGAAGAGAACCAGACGCUCAGACACAUCAGAUAAGAAAGUCAGGACCGGAAACAGCGCAGUGAGCUCUGGUUCUCCUGCAGCACCUGCAGCCACCGUGCCUCAGACAAACAGCAACGGUCACCAACCUGACCUCAGCCCACAACCCAGCACCACUCCUCUGAGCCGCCCUGACCAGCGGGAGAACGGGGAGUUCGAAGAGGUGAUCUCGCUGCCUUCACAUUCCAGGUUGUCUCCUCCCGAAGGAGAGGAGCAGCAGGAGACGGAGGAAGAGGAGAGUAAGGUUUCUGUCGUAGCCUUCAUGGAGAACGGUCUUCUAAAGCCUCUGAGUGCAGUUGAAGAUAUAUCAGCCCAUCAGGGACCAGAUGUAGCCUGACGCCGCUUUGGAACGCUUUGGACUCCACAGCCACGAAGACAGGAGAAGCGCUCGGAAGGAGGCAGAGAAUCAUGGAGCUAUGAAGACUGAACCAAAGGAGAGAUUAGCAACACCGUAUUUAUACUCUCUUUCUCCUGUGGACAAAAACGCCAUUGCCAUGUCCCAAAACCAGUGUCUCCAAAGAACUCCAAAAAAAAAAAAAAGACAUCCUUUCCAAGAGAAGUGUCUUUUCCUUUAGGAAACUCAGGCAAAGAGCUAAUUUUCUCCGUGACAGUUGGUCAUAUCUUCUUGUUCCCGAACAGUUCUCUAACGCCCCAAAAUCACAAUACAACUUCAACUCCUGAGAUUGAGUGAAAACCUUUUCAGUCUCCAACCAUGAUACUUGAAGCAUUUUCGUUGAAGAUGUUCUUUAACCUAAUUUUCAGCGUCUGCAAUGUGAAAGAAAAAUAAGGCUCUGAUGCAGUUUUCGUGUAGCUUCAGCAGUUUUGGUUGAAUUGGUACAAAAGUGAUGGCGUGAUGGAACUAAGUUUUAUAGAGACUAUCUGGAAAUGUCACAUAAUGCAAUGUAUUCUAUCGACAGAGCCAGGAUGAUUGAGUAUUACAAACUUUAGUUUUAAGUAAUUAUUAAAAGAAGAUUGUUUUAUUUAGGCAACAGAGAAAUGGGGCAUAAACUUCUAAUUUCUGUUUAGCUUCAUUUAAUUGCUGUACAGAUAUAAUGUGAUUCUUCUAGUUGCCUGCGUCCUUUUUUUUCUCCAGAAAUUUACUUUGGGUUGAAGCCAUUUUUUAUAGUUAAAACUCAGUCAAAGCUGUAUCCUACAACUUGCCCCAGAGUACUGGAAGAGUUUUACUUUUUCUUUUUCUGGGCUGUUAGAAGCUGAAUUUUGUUUGGCCUAAGACAGCUAAAAAUGACUUGAAAUAAUUUACAGCUGAUCAAACAAAUGAAUAAUUUUGUGAAUUGAUGCUGCUAAGUGUGAAGUUGGUUGCCUUGCUGCGUAGGGCGACAUUGUUUCUACUCUGAGUUGAAGGUGAAUCUGCAUUCCUGAGUUCUGGCAUUUGCAGCCAAACUCUCCCAUGUCUUCCUUUUGAUGCAAACAUCUGAAGCCAGAUUAAAUGCUCUGACCCCACUGUUAGCAGCUUCUCAUACAUUUUUCACUCAGCUAGUUGUGACUAUACGUUUGUAAAUAUCAGCAAGUGGAAAUUUUCUGAAAGACCAUAAAAAUUUGAAAGCAAACAAAUCCUUUAAGGACCGUGGAUGGGAAGAAAUUUUUGAACCAUUGUAUUACUGAAGUGUAAAAUUAUUACAUCUCUAUUUGUUGGAAAAUUAAACAUUUUGGAACCGAUUAAAUAUUCACUCUGGUUACCUUG